GGGAGCCGGAGGGCUCCGGCCUUUCCUUUUCUCGGCGUCCGGCGGGCUCCCGCGGCGGCCAGGCCUGCGCCGCCCGCCAACAGGGACGCGCCGCGGCGGCGCCUCCAUUUGCCCCGGAGCCGAGCCGUGGCUUUCCGGAUGAUCGGGAGACGCGGUCUGGACGGGCCGGGAAAGGAGCCGGGCGCCUGCGGAGACCCCGCCUCAGCGAGUACGCCCGGCCGGGCGGGCUGGGAGGAUGAGGACGGCUGCCCUGGACUUCCGCCGCCACAGGAGGGCUUUCGGCCGGACGCCGGGAGGGAGCUCCAGGCUGUGAGGCGUCUCCUCCGAGCCUCCGACGCGCCAGGUGCCGCCGUGACAAAGACGGACGCUGCCAUCUGGUUGGAGACGAUCCGAGUGGCAGCCCGGGUGGGCGCCGGUGCUCCGGGGGGCGGACCUGAGUAGUCCUGGGCGCUGCAGCUCCAUUUGUAAAGGUCUUAAGGACAAGAACAGCGACUUCGGCCCCAGAGCUUCAAGAUAGUGGCCUGCCUGGCCUGCCCAUCUUGGGUCUCUCCAGGAGGACCCAGCCACUCAAGGGUCGUCUUCUGCUGCUGACCCCCAUCAAAUCCCAUCAUGCCCACAGCCCUGUGCCCCCGAGUCUUGGCUCCGAAGGAGAGUGAGGAGCCCAGGAAAAUGAGGAGCCCACCUGGAGAGAACCCUAGCCCCCAGGGGGAGCUUCCCAGCCCCGAGUCCUCUCGGCGCCUCUUCCGCCGUUUCCGCUACCAGGAGGCGGCGGGCCCCCGGGAGGCCCUGCAGCGCCUCUGGGACCUGUGCCGGGGCUGGCUGCGGCCUGAGAGGCACACCAAGGAGCAGAUUCUGGAGCUGCUGGUGCUGGAGCAGUUCCUGGCCAUCCUUCCCCGGGAGAUCCAGAGCUGGGUGCGGGCACAGGAGCCUGAGAGCGGAGAGCAGGCUGUGGCCGCGGUGGAGGCACUGGAACGGGAGCCCGGGAGACCCUGGCAGUGGCUCAAGCACUGUGAAGACCCCGUGGUGAUUGAUGAUGGGGACAGCCCUCUGGACCAGGAGCAGGAGCAGCUGCCGGUAGAGCCCCACAGCAACCUUGCAAAGAGCCAAGAUGCCCAGCCCAUAGCCCUGGCACAGUGCCUGGGGCUCCCAAGCAGACCACCAGGCCAGCUCAGCGGGGACCCAGUUCUGCAAGAUGCUUUCCUUCUUCAGGAAGAGAAUGUGCGGGACACACAGCAGGUGACCACCCUCCAGCUACCCCCGAAUCGGGUUUCUCCAUUCAAGGACAUGAUUUUAUGCUUCUCUGAAGAGGAUUGGUCCCUUCUAGAUCCUGCCCAGACUGGCUUCUAUGGAGAGUUCAUCAUUGGGGAGGAUUACGGAGUCUCAGUACCUCCAAACGACCUAGCUGCCCAGCCAGAUCUCUCCCAGGGAGGGGAAAAUGAGCCACGCGUUCCAGAGUUGCAGGAUCUCCAGGGCAAAGAAGUGCCCCAGGUCUCCUACUUGGACUCUCCAAGUCUCCAGCCAUUCCAGGUAGAAGAAAGAAGGAAACGUGAGGAGCUGCAGGUGCCAGAGUUCCAGGCCUGCCCACAGACGGUGGUGCCUCAAACCACCUACCCAGCUGGCGGCAACGCGCGAUCUCUAGAGAACAGCCUGGACGAAGAAGUGACCAUCGAGAUUGUUCUGUCCAGCUCUGGGGACGAGGACUCCCAGCACGGUCCGUACUGCACAGAAGAGCUGGGGAGCCCCACAGAGAAGCAGCGCAGCCUCCCCGCCUCCCACCGGAGCAGCGCCGAGGGUGGGGGCGAGGUGCAGACCUCCAAGAAGUCCUACGUGUGUCCGAACUGUGGGAAAAUCUUCCGCUGGAGGGUCAACUUCAUCCGGCACCUGCGGAGCCGCAGGGAGCAGGAGAAGCCGCACGAGUGCUCGGUGUGCGGGGAGCUGUUCAGUGACAGCGAGGACCUGGAUGGGCACCUAGAGAGCCACGAGGCCCAGAAGCCUUACCGGUGUGGUGCCUGCGGGAAGAGUUUCCGCCUCAACUCCCACCUGCUCUCCCACCGGCGGAUACACCUGCAGCCGGACAGACUCCAGCCGGUGGAGAAGAGACAGCAGGAGGCAUCCGAGGACGCGGACAAGGGUCCCAAAGAGCCGCUGGAAAACGGCAAGGCCAAACUGAGCUUCCAGUGCUGUGACUGUGGGAAGGCCUUCCAGCGGCACGACCACCUGGCUCGGCACCGCAGCCACUUCCACCUGAAGGACAAAGCCCGGCCCUUCCAGUGCCGGUACUGCGUCAAGAGCUUCACGCAGAACUAUGACCUCCUCCGCCACGAGCGCCUGCACAUGAAGCGCCGUUCCAAGCAGGCUCUGAACUCCUACUGAGUCUCCCCGCCUGGGGCGGCCUCACCCUGGCUGGUGCUGCCCCCUCACCUUGGUACUGAUCAGCGCCUCCACCCAGGACGCACCUUCCCCAGCAUAGAGAGCACACCUCCCUCCUGUCCUUGCUCUCAGGUAGCGUUCCGGUGGUGCCAUGGGAGCACUCUCCCUCCCCCAGGUAAUGAAAGAGUGGCCAAGUGAGUGUUCUCUUUCUGCUGUGCCAAAAAACGGGGGAAUGUGCCACCACCAGGUUGGACAUGCCAGGUGUUCUGCGUCUUAGAGACCCUUGACCCAUGCUCCCCAAGCUCGGGGAAUAACCCCGUCAGGGUGGCACCCUGGUCACCAGCCAAACCUCAGUAUACUCCCUCCCUUCCUUCCCUGUCUGAACGCUAGGAUCUGCUCCUGAAGCUCCAGGGUGCCUGCACUUCCACUGAGAAGCUGCUGGCGGGUACUGGACUGGAGGAAGGAAGAAGGCAGGGUGGGACUGAUGGGCUCAGUGGGGAGCAGGGCCAGCCACACUGAGACAGACAUGUCAUGUCUGAGCCCCAGAUUCGUGGCCAUCAGGCAGCAGCACCCCGCAGAUCCGAGAUGAUCAGGCAGCCCUUUUGGGCUGGCAUCUGUGGCAGGGGUCUGCAGAGCUCCUUCUUGAGGUUUGGAAACAGUCAUCAUACCUGUUCAUUGUCCUGGGGGCCAGUUACUAGGGAUCUGGAGCUCACCAAAAACAAAGCUUACAUUUUAAUUUGUGUUGCACACCCACCCCAUAAUGUCUUUAUACCCCAAAGAUCCUUGGUAAAUGCUUGUGGGUUGGAAGCUGAGCUGUCAUCGUUUAAAAGGCACUUAAGUCCCUUCUUCCAAUCUGUCCUGUCUAGGAAUGUGGAGCUCUGCCUCCAGUGAGGGGUUCUCCUGUCUGGGUGAGCCAAGCUCCAGAACAGAACCUUCCCCGACAUCACACUUUAUAUAUACAUUAGCUUGGGGUGCUGGUGUGUCCAUUUUCUAGGUCUGUUGUAACGAAGUACCAAACACUGGCUGGCUUAGAUCAACAGGAGUGUAUUCUCUGACAGUUCUGGGAGCUGCAUGUCCAAGAUCAGGGUGUCUUCAGAGUUGGUGCCUUCUGAGAGCUGUGAGGGAGAAGCGGCUUCGUGCCUUUGCUGGCAGUUGCCAUUCCUUGGUGUGUGGAAGCGUCACCCAGUCUCUGCCUUCAUCUCCACCUGGCACUCUUGGUGUGUGCGUGUCUGUCUCCAAACCUCCCUUUGUUUAAGGACACCAGUCAUAUCGGAUUAGAGCCCAUCCCACCGCCUCCAGUAUAACCUCAUCUGUAUCCGCAGCAACUGUUUACCAAUAAGGUCACAUUCUGAGGUACUAGAGGUUGGAACUUCAACAUUGGAAUUUGAAAGGGACAGCAUUCAGCCCACAACUCCAGAUAAACGUGAGGUAUGCUGUCAUUCCUAAUUUACAGAUGAGUCAGUACAAACUUGAGUGAGCUUGCUCACAAUUCCAUCAAAGGCAGGGUUCAGCAUUCAGGGCAGGUGUCCUCUGCAUGGAAGAAUCUUACUCAAUAGCCCUAAACGCUGACAAAUUCCCCUCCCUCCCUGAUGGGGGCUGGGCAGGCCAGCUGGAGCUGUGUCUCCUGCUGGGAUUCUGGACUGACAGUGACAGUAGGUAGUGAAACCUCAAGCAAUUUAAAACAUGGUGUUGUUCCUGGAAGACUGGUUAUGUUGGCUAGGGUCAGCAAGAGAGGGCAUCAAGGCGGUAGUCUAGCAGUGACUUAAUCUGCAAGUCAAACCAGAUGGGUAUUUUGUAUUAUUCAUAUGUCACACCCUACCAACAGACAGUAAGCCAGGCAAAGCUCCUGGUGCUCCUUGUCACUCACGUAAUUUUCACAUCAAGAAAACUCUGGGCUGGGCGCAGUGGCUCACACCUGUAAUCCCAGCACUUUGGGAAACCGAGGUGGGUGGAUCGCCUAGCUCGGUGACACCAGCCUGGGCCACAUGGCAAAACCCCGUCUCUACCAAAAAUACAAAAAAUUAGCUGGGUGUGGUGUUGCACGUUUGCGGUCCCAGCUACUCUGGAGGCUGAGGUGGGAGGAUUGCUUGAGUCUGGGAGGCAGAAGUUGCAGUAAGCCGAGAUUGCGCCACUGCACAAGCUAGGUGACAGAAUGAGACUCUCUCAAAAAUAAUUAAAAAGCCUCUGCCCCAACCUCGUUAAAAGAUUUUAUAACCACAACUACUGUUUCUGUGUAGAUGCAUCUGCAUGCCCAGGAGCAGUAAAUGCAAUAAAAUCAUUUGGUUAUACUUUGAACACAAAAUAAACGGUUGAGGCUUUUACUUUCUAAAUAGUUUGUCUCUUGUAUCAACAUAUCUGGAAAAGGGAGAAAUCCAAUUUUUAAGGCCAAGGGAGGGGAAAAUUGCAAGCAGAAGCCAGGCUCUCUGUGCACGUUUACCCCACCUACCUGUGUGCUCCUGCCUGUCCUGAGGAUUCUCUCCGUCGCUCUGAGGGCUUGGGAAGGUUAUUCGCCUUCCUGCUUCAGAUGUCUGACUCAGAGAAGAACACUGUUCUGCUUACCAGAGUGUUUCUGUGUAAAACCACAUCAUGAAGGAGAAAGCGACAGAGGGAAUGUGAGGGGACCAGAAGCCACAGGGAGGCUGUCUCGAGUCCCCGCCACCGAUCCAGAGCCAACCAGGGCACCUCAGGAAAUGGAAGGCCACAUUGCCUCUGGAUUUGGAAAUCCUCCUGGGUAAUGUAACUGAAAGCCAGGUUGAUGCCAUGCAGUAGGAGCAGCAGGGGGAACCUGCCAACCCUCCAGCCCAACACCCUUCACCACAGUGGUGGAGGAGGCUGCACCCAGGAGAUCUGUGUCUCCCUUUUGGCCACUGAUACCUUUGGCCUUAUCUGACAACAGCUACCCCUCAGUCCUUCCCUCCCACCCCAGGGGCUGGGCAGCUGGCUGGAGCUUUGUGUCCAUCUCGCUCUGGAGGUUGAGACCCCCAUCUGAGCAGCAUCCUCCCUCUUCAUUCCUCUGAUCCCUUGGCAUUGCCACAAACCCACAGGUGCAUAAUAAACGCUUGCUGAGUCAA